GUUUACAUCUUUUGUUUGUGCAACAAAAAAUUCCGAUUUUAACUUUUUUAACAAUAGCUUAAAAAUGCUAUCGUUCUUUCGUAAAAAGAAUUCAGAAUCUGAAGUAGUAACGAAAGUAAGUGCUGUGCGAUCAGUUGUCGUUGGUGUAGAUGAUGUUAUAAAUCCAAGUUUCACAGAAUUAGGAAUCAGUGAUGAAGAAUUAAAAGGAACAAUUUAUGACUUAUUGCGAACAAUCAAAGAUCCGGAGAAACCUGCAACAUUAGAAAAAGGAGCACACAGCACUGAAGAUGAAAUAAAUAAACAGAUAAAUGACCGUGAACGGGUUGCAGCUGCCAUCGAGAAUCAAAACUUAUUAAAGCUUGUUGAAAAUUGCAUAAGCGAGGACGAGUGA